AUGGAUCUGCACGGCGGCCGGAAUAAGGAGAAGAAGCGGCGGCUGAAGGCGGAGCAGGUGAAUGGCCUGGAGAAGAGCUUCGAAUCCGGCGGAGACAGGCUGGACCCGGACCGGAAGAUCCAGCUGGCUCGGGAGCUGGGCCUGGACCCCAGACAGGUGGCCAUUUGGUUCCAGAACAGACGAGCCCGGUCCCGGACCAAGAAGCUCGAGAGCGACUAUGAUGCCCUUCGCAGACAGCUCCAGUCCCUCGCUGCCCACAACCUCGCCCUCAAAUCUAACAAUAAAAAACUCCACUCACAGUUGUUAGCUCUAAACGGGAGGAAGGUUUCGGCGGGGUGUGUUCAUUCGGACACGAGCGUCGCCGCCAUUGUUAUGACAUCAUCCAGCGUUGGAGGUCCCGGAUCCGCGAAUAUGAGGGAGGUCUUUCAGUUUCAGCCUUCUUCAUCGAGACCAGAUAUGGUCCAGGACCCGGACCCGGACCCGGACCCGGAGGGAUUCUGCAACGUGUUUGGGGAGAACCAGCAGGGAUUGUGGCCAUGGCCUUAG